UCCCCAUCCCAGGCCAAGCCUUGCAGGCGCUGCAUCCUCUCUGCUGCCUGCAUCCUCCUCCUCCUCCUCCUCCCGCCUUCCCGGCACAUCUCUCCUUGCCCGCUGGACCCUUUUGCUAGCCAAGGGGCUGCUUUCCCGGAGAGGAUGACCCUCCCAGGGCUGUGAGUGCUUCCUCGGCUCCGGAUCGGGUGCAAGAUGACGGUGGAAUUCGAGGAGUGCAUCAAGGACUCGCCCCGAUUCCGGGCGACCAUCGAUGAAGUGGAAACAGAUGUGGUGGAAAUCGAAGCCAAGCUUGACAAGCUGGUGAAGCUAUGCAGCAACAUGAUCGAGGCCGGCAAGGCCUACAUCAUCACCAACAAGCAGUUUGUCAGCGGGGUCCGAGACCUGUCUCAGCAAUGCAAGAAGGACGAAAUGAUUUCGGAAUGCCUGGACAAGUUUGGAGACAGCCUUCAAGAGAUGGUCAACUAUCACAUGAUCCUUUUUGACCAAGCGCAGAGGUCCGUUCGGCAGCAACUGCACAAUUUCGUGAAAGAUGAUGUCCGGAAAUUCAAGGAGACCAAGAAGCAGUUCGACAAAGUGCGGGAGGACAUGGAGAUCGCCUUGGUCAAGAAUGCCCAGGCGCCGCGGCACAAGCCCCACGAGGUGGAAGAGGCCACCGGGACCCUGACCAUCACCAGGAAGUGCUUCCGGCACUUGGCCCUCGACUACGUCUUGCAGAUCAACGUCCUCCAGGCCAAGAAGAAAUUUGAAAUUCUGGAUGCGAUGCUGUCCUUUAUGCAUGCCCAAUAUACCUUUUUCCAGCAAGGCUACAGCCUCCUACACGAAUUGGACCCGUAUAUGAAGAAAUUGGCUUCGGAGCUCGACCAGUUGGUGAUCGACUCUGCAGUGGAGAAGCGGGAAAUGGAGCACAAGCAUGCGCUGAUCCAGCAGCGGACAUUAUUGCAGGAUUUCUCUUACGAUGACUCCAAAGUGGAAUUCAACGUCGACGCCCCCAACGGGGUGGUGAUGGAAGGCUACCUCUUCAAAAGGGCAAGCAACGCUUUCAAAACCUGGAACCGGAGGUGGUUCUCCAUACAGAACAGCCAGCUGGUCUACCAGAAGAAGCUAAAGGAUGUCCUCACGGUGGUGGUCGAAGACCUCCGGCUUUGUACCGUCAAGCCCUGUGAAGAUAUCGAGAGGAGGUUCUGCUUUGAAGUUGUGUCUCCCACUAAAAGCUGCAUGCUUCAGGCCGAUUCGGAGAAAUUACGUCAGGCGUGGAUCCAGGCGGUUCAAGCGAGCAUCGCCUCUGCGUACCGAGAGAGCCCUGACAGCUGCUACAUCGAAAGACUGGACCGGACGGCUUCUCCUUCCACCAGCAGCAUUGACUCUGCGACGGACUCCCGGGAUCGCAGCGCCAAAGGGGAGACCAUCCUGCAGCGGGUGCAGAGCAUCCCAGGGAACGACCAGUGCUGCGACUGCGGCCAAGCCGAUCCCCGGUGGGCCAGCAUCAACUUGGGCAUCUUACUAUGCAUCGAAUGUUCAGGGAUACACAGGAGUUUGGGGGUGCACUGCUCCAAAGUGCGGUCGCUCACUCUGGAUUCCUGGGAGCCAGAAUUGCUGAAGCUGAUGUGUGAGCUGGGCAAUGCCACCAUGAACCAGAUCUACGAGGCACAAUGUGAGGAAAUGGGACUCAAGAAGCCCAGCGCGGGCAGCUCCAGGCAAGACAAAGAAGCUUGGAUUAAAGUCAAAUAUGUGGAGAAGAAGUUCCUGAAGAAGCUGCCGUCUGGGGAAGCCUUGGCCGAGAACGAGAGGAAGCCGCGGCGGUGGAGCGUCAAGAAGUGCCAACGGCGCAACAGCUCCACGAAAGCUCCCACGGCGCGGAGGAAGUACCGGCACGAGGCGGGAAACGCAUCGCCGGCGGCACACUCUUCGGCUGCCACCCUGGAGCGGAAAUUCCGGCGCGAUUCCCUCUUCUGUCCCGAUGAGCUGGACUCCCUUUUCUCCUACUUCGACACGGGAGCUGGAGCCGGGCCACGCAGUGGUAACCACGUCUCGGUGCCACAGCCCCUGGCCGCCAGCCCACGGAGCGACAGUGGCCACGGUCCUGCUGGGAGCGGUUCACCAUUCCUUCUGGAUGGAGGUCUAAGCAGUGACAGUGGACUGGGCGGCAGCACAGACGGGAGCAGUGACGUCCUGGUGUUUGGCUCAGUGGUGGACAGCGUCACGGAGGAAGAGUGUGAAGUUUCAGAAGAAUCCAGCGGAGAAGCGGAAAUCGAGCACGAGGCCUCCGACUUGGAGGACCUGCGGGAGCUGCACCCGGGCCUCUUGGUGUACAAGGCUUCGCGGGCCAGGAACCUGCCCAUCAUGGCGGAGGCCUUGGCCCAUGGGGCGGACGUCAACUGGGUGAACGAUGAGGACGAGAACAAGACCCCCUUGAUCCAAGCUGUCAUGGGGGGCUCCUUGAUAGCUUGCGAAUUCUUGCUCCAGAACGGAGCAGACGUUAACCAAAGAGAUAUCCGAGGGAGAGCGCCUCUGCAUCAUGCCACGUAUUUGGGCCACACCGGCCAAGUCUGCUUGUUCCUAAAAAGAGGAGCCAACCAACACGCGGUUGAUGAAGACGGGCAGGACCCUCUCAGCAUCGCGGUCCAAGCUGCUAACGCAGACAUUGUUACCUUGUUGCGUCUGGCCCGAAUGAACGAAGAGAUGCGAGAAGCCGAGGGUCCUUUUGGUCAUCCAGGAGAUGCCACCUACCUUGACAUUUUCCGGGAAUUUUCUCACAUGGCGUCAAAUAAUCCGGAGAAACUCAACCAUCGAAGCCUGCAUUUCGGACACUCCUACAGAUAGCCGCGGGCAUCUUGGUUGCUUUCUCACAAUUGUGGAUCCUUCCAGCUUUGGAACAAGAGUCAAGGUCACACACUACAUACUAGACAUUUUGUAGGUGGCAGGUUGUUGGUGAAUGAAAAAUAGGAUUGGUUCUUAAGCACCUUUGGUGUUGGUACAUUGGGAAGAAAUCUAUGGAGAGCAUCCAAUAGAAUCCACAGAAGAAGCUGGAGACAUGUCUGAAGAUACUCAAAAGAUGGUUGUCCUAUUACAUGGGCUUUUUAUUUAUUUAUCGUGUCAGAAGCGAAUUGGAGACGCAGUUAGAAUGUAUGUAAAAGCACAAACAAAGUUGAAAACUUGGCCUUAUUCUAGAUUUCCUUUGACCAGAGACCACUUUGACCAGGGACCACUCUCCAGCAUUAGUACCAAAAGGGUUACAAAUCAAUUUUUGGUCAACUCUGGAUUUGGUUUGGUUAUCUGGGGUGCUGUAAAGGAGUUAAGAACUACUGAGGUUCUUUCAGGCAGGGGCAAUCUUUUUAUCCCACCGCUGUCUCCAAUUUGCGAAGAUGCAACCACCAAAGACUCAGAGAGGAGACCUUUUCCUUUUUUUUCCUUUUUCUUCUUCACUUUAGAUGGUAGCGUAACUUAGUUUAUAAUAUAUGCGACAGAGGCUUAGAUGUUGGAGAAACAAUAACAAGUUUAUUCAGGCAGAGAGCUUAGUGGUUACAAUAUUGUUCUCACUUAGAGGCACUUUCAUUAACAGUUACAAUAUUAGAAUAAGAUGAGUCAAACUCUCUAAAGUGUCACUUCUUUAACUUAAAGUAGUCAGAACUUCAUCCUCUGCCACUUUUAAACCAUAGUCACCCCUGUGAUAUACGUUCACAGAUUCUCUGUUCCUUACUAGGACACAGACUACUUAAAAUAAUUCACCAAACUUAUUUUAAACCGACUCAAAAUGAACAAUUGAGUCUCCCUUGAUCCCCUCAACCUAGGAUCAAUCUUCCCUGUGCCUCAUCAGAGCACAGACUGACCUCCUUUUUUUAAAACACUGCACUUCUUCAACAAAACGGCAGUUGGCUCUGCUUACUUCUCCAUGGCAACCAGCCUCUGAGUGCAGAGAAGCAAUAACUGCAAUACUCACCCAUUUAAAACACAAAUACACAAUUAAACAUAACAUCUGUAAACCAAAAAUUCAUACUUCAUUACAGGUGCUUAUUCAGAAAAUUGCAUUGGAUAGACCACAUCAGCUCUAGUUUCUGAAACAGAACAUAGGCCAUCAAGUAGUUGCCAUCUGCUUGCCCACAGAAAAUCAUAUUUAAUAAGCCUUGGCACUAUAAAACCAGUCGCUCUCGUUGCAAUGAUGUAGUAACAGUGAAGCUACGGACCAUAUUUUAGUUCUUAGGGACCACUGGUGGGCCAUGGACCACAGACUGGGAACCACUGUUUUAAGCAGAAGCCCAAUGGUCAGAAGGGCUUUCAUUUGGGCUUCCUGCAUGGUGGAGCAUUGGACUGGAUGGCCAACAUUUUUUUGAAUGGGAGUUUUUUUUGAUGAGCAUUUCUUUUGAGCAUCCUGAGACCACGCCUCUAGUUUCUUCUGCUUGUACUGCAUAGGAUCCCUGCACAACCCAACCGUUGACUUUGAAACCCACAGGUGAAAUUUGGACAACUGGAAGUUGGAGAAAGAAGUUUCUUCUAGAAACCCAUCAGGGCCCUCUCCUGGUUGAGAGUUCCUUGGAAAAGCUCAAAGGUUGAAUUCAAAAUUAUUAUUAUUAUUAUUGGAUACACAACAAGAUUAGUACUUAGUAAAUACGAUCACUAUGCUGGCUGUUGUAUUGGAUUACACAUCGGACACUUUCCAACAGUGGUUCCCAAACUUAUUUGACCUGCCGCCCCCUUUCCAGAAAAAAUAUGACUCAGCGCCCCCUGGGAAGGGGCGUGGCUUAGAGGGGUGGGUGUGUCUUUGGUUCAAGAGGGCGGGGCUGAGCCUCUCCCCUAGUCCAAGAUACAGGGCUGGGAGGGGGAGAGGGAGGGGGCAGGGCCACAAAUGGGCAGCCAGGACUGGGAUGGGCGGAGUUACGAGCUCUGAGGCAGGGAUGAGCAUCUAUCCCUGUCCUGUAGCGCCUGCCAGGACACGGGGCGGGGCUAGAGGAGUGGGCGGGGUCUCUUCCCGAGUGCCUGACGGGGCUGAACCUCUCUACCCCACCCGUGUGUUCCAACAAGUGCCUCAGGGGAGGUAUAGAGGCUCAGCCCUGUCUCGCCCUUAGUCCCGCCCUUAGUCCUAACAGGCCUCUCAGGAGAAAUAUAGAGGCUCAGCCCUGUCUCAGGCUCUUGGAAGGAGGCCCCGCCCCUAGCCCCACCCCAGCCCUGCCCUUUAGACCUAAAAGGCCUCUCAGGAGAAAUAUAGAGGCUCAGCCCUAUCUCAGGCUCUUGGAAGGAGGCCCCGCCCCCUUCCCUAGCUCCGCCCUCUGUGUCCCAACAAGCGCUUCAGGAGAGGUAUAGAUUCUCAGCCCUGUCUCGGGCUCUUGGGAAGAGGCCCCGCCCCUCCCCUGGCCCCGCCCCCGUGUCCUAAUAGGUGCCAUCACCGCCCCCCUGGAUUGCUCCAGGGCGGUAGCACCCACUUUGGGAAUCACUGGUCUAGAACUAUGUGAUGUAUCGCUGAAUAAUGUGUGCAGAUCCAAGUAGGGUGGCCUUUUGCAUCUGACAGAUAGUGAUUUUGUCAACGCCGGUGGUUUUCAAAUGCUGGCCAAGGUCUUUAGGCACUGUGCCCAGUGUGCCGAUCACCACUGGAGCCACCUUGACUUACUUGUUGUUGUUGUUAUUAUUAUUUUACCUUGACAGAAUGCCUUUGUAGGAAUCUCUAGACCAGGUAUGGGCCAACUUCAGCCCUCUAGGUAUUUUAGACGUCAACUCUAGUAGGAAUUGUGGGAGUUGUAGUCCAAAAAACCUGGAGGCCGAAGUUUGCCUGGUCUAUACUCUCCAGCACAAGCGCUGGACGCGAACUAUUGAAUCAUGCUGGAGAACCUAGAGAUUGCUAGGAGAACAUUUUAAUAAAAUGUACAUGCAAUUUUGCAAUUACAAACCUGCCAAUGUGUCAGGACAACAGUAUUAUUAUUAUUAUUAUUAUUAUUAUUAUUAUUAUUAUUGGUAUUAUUCUUUCCUAGUUCCAACGCAGAGUGGUCGGACAGUCUGUACUGGUCUGCAGACGUCCUCCUCUGAAACUGCCUUCCAUUGAGCAUGUUUAUAUCCUGGAAAAAAAAUGUAAUAUAUCUCCAAGGCAAACGAAAUGUAUUUUUAAAAGGGUUUCAAUAGGAGGGUGGAGAUGUAUGUGGGUGGAUGAUGGGAUGUUGGAGGAAAACAUGAUAAAUAAAGAUGGGAGUGAUGCCUUCUCAAUCCCA